AUGGCGUCACGGAACUUCAGCACCAACACGACAACGCGUCAGUCUAUGGCGUCGUCAGGAAGUGCCGUGAAGGCUAGGCAGUUGGCCCAGCUCCAAUCGCAGCUGGCGCAACUCUCAGCGAACUUAGCCGACACAGAGAACUUGUUACGCAUGACGAGCGUGCAAGCCGAGUCCAUGCGUGGGCUCGGUAGCUGGCACGCUGGCAUGUUUAUGGCUGCGAGCAAGGUACUUGGAGAGGAGUCUGUCCAACAACAGCAAUGA